AUGGACCCAUUAGCCAUUUAUGCUAUUACCGCUGGCGGUAUUUUUGCUAUACUUUUCUUAGUGCGCGCCCUCUCUCUUUUUGCCAGCUGUGGACAUUUGUUUUCUCUCGUUGUGUCUCAACAUCUGACGCUACCUUUCGUCAUUCGUAGGCAUCGGUUCUUGGGUCCAUGGACCAGAGCUGGUGUACUUCUCCAUUUAUCAUAUGCUGCAAUUAAUGUUUUCCUUGUCUCAUUCAGAAUCACGUCGUUGACUGGCGCUGGUCGCCGGGCUGGAGAGCUGGCUCUGGUGAACUUGGUUUUCCCUUUAUCAACUAUCCACCUAGCCUACCUGGCGGACCUCCUUGGUAUCAAAUGGCAACCAGCUGCAAAACCCCACAAAGCCACCAAGUGGCUGAUGGAUCUGGUAAACAUGGCUAGUAUCCCCCCCGAGAAUUCCUAUUUCGUGGUUCAGGAUGCCCAGGAUAUGCGUGACCGACUCCCUCAAACCGGCAAUCUGCAGAUCCUGUCGUUCAUGGAUGUCGUCCAAGGAGUAUGCGUCAAACCAGGCACACAUUUCUUCCUGGAACCUGUCACUCCAACGAUCGCGAGAGGUGGGAAAUACCCAACGCCAGUUCGGGAGGCAAGAGGCCAAAUUGUGGCCCUUGGAGGUCAUAGAGAUAAAGAGCUCUUCGGCGAACUCAGGUCCAUUACUCCCGCGGCCAUGAAGCAAGAUGGCUGUGUGCGUGUGCGAACCUUGCGGUAA